AUGCUGGUGGUGACUCCGAUCAAGGCGGUGGCUUCCACGGUUGGUUUCAGUGGAUUCUUAUAUUUUCUAACCAACUGCGAUUUUGCAGCAAUUAAGAAAACUUUGACUAGUAAACUUGAAGAUGCUAGAAAUUCUUUGCAAUUAAGGAUCAUAAAAGCACUCAGAGAAUACCGCAAUCUAUAUUCUGUGCAGCAUCGGUUGGGAGCUAGGAUGAUUUAUCCAGAGUCUCUAAAGUUCUUAUGUUUGUAUGGAUUAGCACUCUUUAAAUAUGUACCUCUAAAAGGAGGAUAUGCGGAUGUGCAGCUUGAUGAACGCUGUGCAGCAGGUUUCACGAUGAUGGUAUUACCUGUUAAAAAGUUAUUGAAGCUUUUAUAUCCCAGCUUGAUUCGAAUUGAUGAGUAUCUUUUGAAGCCAUCUGCUCAAGCUGACAAUUUCAAAAACAUCAUGAAGAGGUUGCCUUUGGUUGCAGAAAGCCUAGAUUCAAGAGGCCUAUAUAUAUACGAUGAUGGUUUCCGCUUUGUUAUUUGGUUUGGUAGAAUGGUUUCGCCCGAUAUAGCUAAGAAUUUACUCGGACCAGACUUUGGAGCCGAAUUAUCAAGGGUGGCGCUUACCGAGCAUGAUAAUGAAAUGUCAAGAAGGCUGAUGAAGAUAUUGAAGAAACUAAGAGAGAGUGCCCCUUCAUAUUAUAAACUUCCUUAACUCGUAAGACAAGGU